AUGGAUAUUCCUAGUAGAGCGGUCAGUCCCUCUGAAAACACAGAAGACAGUCUUUACAAUCGAAUGGUCACAAACUCUAAACAACUUGAUAAAAUGGAAGAAGAGGCUGCGGAAAUUACUCGAAAGGUUCUACUCAUUCACAGCCAGAUUCGCGCGAUGGGUGGCUUGACUGAAUCAAUGGUUUCUGAGUUACGCGUUCUUUACGAGCGAGGAUUGGAGCAAGCGCGUCGCGAAGAAGAUCUUGCAUCAAAUGUUUCUAGUCAAAUCGACCAAUUCAUGCAAAUAAAAGGAGGAACAGCUAAUACACGAAAUGAGAUGGUAACACAAAGAGGAUCCUCUACUCCAACUUCAUCAUCAGCAUCUCCCCACAGAACACCACAAUCGACAUCAAAACCCGUAAAGAAAACAUUAACACAGCGAAAGCCAACCACGAGUCAACUUAAUUCUACGGAAGAAGGGAGUACCCCAUCUUCUCCCACCUCUCAUAAAAGAAUGCGUCCCAAAGAAGAAACGAAAAAACACAAGAUGCAAGUUGCGGCAAAAGAACCAAAAGAAGAAAAUUAUAUAAUAGCCACAAUCAAAAGUUACAAUCCUCAAACUAAACAAUACGAAGUCGAAGACGCUGAUGAAACAGCUCAAGAACGAAUCUUUUGGGUUCCUCAUAGCAGCAUAAUCCCAAUCCCAAAACCCGAACAAGUAACAACAGAAUUCCCGGCAAAACACACAGUUCUAGCUGUUUACCCGGCGACGACUACAUUCUACAAAGCCGUGGUUGUCUUGCCUCCGAGCAAGACGGGGGAUCGACCAAACUCUGAUGAAAAAGGAAAAUAUUUGCUUGAAUUUGAAGACGAUCACGGAGCCAAACAGCCAGCUGAUAUUAUUCAUGUAUUGGAAUACCCAAAACAACAUUAA